AUGCCCUACCACAGGCUAAAUUUUGAACUCGAGAUGCUUGAAAUGGAACACAAGCAGGUGAUGUCAGCUCUCCAGAAAUUGCCCAUGGAGAUUAGUGAUGCCUUGAACAAGUGCAAGGGGCUGAUUGAGGAGACGGAAUACUUUAGUUACCUCCAUGGCCGGUUCCUACAAGAGUGUAAUCACCUAAAGAAGAAUGUACGUACGUUGAUGAUCCAGAACAUACAGCUGUGGAAGGAGCAGAUUGAACUGCAAAAGACCUGUGAGGAGGUGAAGAAGCUCUUGAAGGAGGCCCAUGAGAAGAUCUGUGACCCCUGUGCUGAGCAGCUGCAGGUACAAGAAAACCUGGAGGAAAGACUGAAGGACAUGCUGAAGCAGAAGGAGCUGGUCACCCAGCAAAGGGACUUGGCAGAAAAGCUGCAACAUCACUUCAAUGUCUCUGAGAUGAGGUCAGAAAAUCUCCAGCCUGAGCUGGAACAUGUCACACCCCAGGAUGAGCGCCUCCUGCAGACAGAGCUGCUGGAGCAGGAGCAGAAAGUAUCACAGCUGAAUUUUGAGCUUGAGAUGCUUGAAAUGGAACACAAGCAGGUGAUGUCGGCCCUCCAGAAAAUACCCAUGGAGAUUAGUGAUGCCUUGGACAAGUGCAAGGGGCUGAUUGAGGAGACUGAAUCCUUUAGUUACCUCAAUGGCCGGGUCCUACGAGAGUGUUCUCAGCUAAAGAGGAAUGUACAUGUAUUGAGACUCCAGAACACACAGCUGUGGAAGGAGCAGAUUGAACUGCAAAAGACCUGUGAGGAGGUGAAGAAGCUUUUGAAAGAGGCCCAUGAGAAGAUCUGUGACCCCUGUGCUGAGCAGCAGCAGAACAGAUUCCCUCUCAUAGUUGUGCAGAGUGCUGUGUUCCUGAAAAGCACUGCAGGGAUUACUCGGGUGGCACCAUCCCAAUGCUCCACCUUCACUGAGCAGGAGCAGGAGCAGGAAAUGAAAAAACUAGAGAAACUCACCAUUCGUCUCCAUGAUAUGGAAUGUGAGAGAAAUGAGCUACGUGGAAUCCUGGCCAAUUACACAAACAAGUAUUUGAACAACAGGCUAAAUUUUGAACUCGAGAUGCUUGAAAUGGAACACAAGCAGGUGAUGUCAGGUCUCCAGAAAUUGCCCAUGGAGAUUAGUGAUGCCUUAAACAAGUGCAAGGGGCUGAUUGAGGAGACUGAAAUCUUUAGUUACCUCCAUGGCCGGUUCCUACAAGAGUGUAAUCACCUAAAGAAGAAUGUACGUGUGUUGACGAUCCAGAGCACACAGCUGUGGAAGGAGCAGAUUGAACUGCAAAAGACCUGUGAGGCGGUGAAGAAGCUCUUGAAGGAGGCCCAUGAGAAGAUCUGUGACCCCUGUGCUGACCAGCAGCAGGAGCAGGAAAACCUGGAGGAAACACUGAAGGACCUGCUGAAGCAGAAGGAGCUGGUCACCCAGCAAAGGGACUUGGCAGAAAAGCUGCAACAUCACUUCAAUGUCUCUGAGAUGAGGGUGAAUUUUGAGCUUGAGAUGCUUGAAAUGGAACACAAGCAGGUGAUGUCAUACCUCCAGAAAUUACCCAUGGAGAUUAGUGAUUCCUUGGACAAGUGCAAGGGGCUGAUUGAGGAGACUGAAUACUUUAGUUACCUUAAUGGCCGGGUCCUACGAGAGUGUUCUCAGCUAAAGAAGAAUGUACAUGUAUUGAGACUCCAGAACAUACAGCUGUGGAAGGAGCAGAUUGAACUGCAAAAGACCUGUGAGGAGGUGAAGAAGCUCUUGAAGGAGGCCCAUGAGAAGAUCUGUGACCCCUGUGCUGAGCAGCAGCAGGAGCAAGAGAGCCUGGAUGGAAGACUGAAGGACCUGCUGAAGCAGAAUGAGCUGGUCACCGUGCAAAUGGACUUGGCAGAAAAGCUGCAACAUCACUUCAGUGUCUCUGAGAUGAGGUCAGAAAAUCUACAGUAUGACCUGGAACAUGUCACAGCCCAGGAUGAGAGCCUCCUGCAGACAGAGCUCCUGCAGCAGGAGCAGGAAGUAUCACAGGCAAGGACUACUCGGGUGGCACCAUCCCAGUGCUCCACCUUCACUGAGCAGGAGCAGGAGCAGGAAAUGAAAAAACUAGAGAAACUCACCAUUCGUCUACAUGAUAUGGAAUGUGAGAGAAAUGAGCUGCGUGGAAUCCUGGCCAAUUACACAAACAAGGAUUUGAACAACAGGCUAAAUUUUGAACUCGAGAUGCUUGAAAUGGAACACAAGCAGGUGAUGUCAGCUCUCCAGAAAUUGCCCAUGGAGAUUAGUGAUGCCUUGAACAAGUGCAAGGGACUGAUUGAGGAGACGGAAUACUUUAGUUACCUCCAUGGCCGGUUCCUACAAGAGUGUAAUCACCUAAAGAGGAAUGUACGUGUGUUGACGAUCCAGAACACACAGCUGUGGAAGGAGCAGAUUGAACUGCAAAAGACCUGUGAGGAGGUGAAGAAGCUCUUGAAGGAGGCCCAUGAGAAGAUCUGUGACCCCUGUGCUGAGCAGCAGCAGGAGCAAGAAAACCUGGAGGAAAGACCGAAGGACCUGCUGAAGCAGAAGGAGCUGGUCACCCAGCAAAGGGACUUGGCAGAAAAGCUGCAACAUCACUUCAAUGUCUCUGAGAUGAGGUCAGAAAAUCUGCACCACAAGCUGGAACAUGUCACAGCCCAGGAUGAGAGCCUCCUGCAGAAAGAACUGCUGGAGCAGGAGCAGGAAGUAUCACAGGCAAGGACUACUCGGGUGGCACCAUCCCAAUGCUCCACCUUCACUGAGCAGGAGCAGGAGCAGGAAAUGAAAAAACUAGAGAAACUCACCAUUCGUCUACAUGAUAUGGAAUGUGAGAGAAAUGAGAUGCGUGGAAUCCUGGCCAAUUACACAAACAAGGAUUUGAACAACAGGCUAAAUUUUGAACUCGAGAUGCUUGAAGUGGAACACAAGCAGGUGAUGUCAGCUCUCCAGAAAUUGCCCAUGGAGAUUAGUGAUGCCUUAAACAAGUGCAAGGGGCUGAUUGAGGAGACUGAAUACUUUAGUUACCUCCACGGCUGGUUCCUACAAGAGUGUAAUCACCUAAAGAAGAAUGUACGUGUGUUGACGAUCCAGAACACACAGCUGUGGAAGGAGCAGAUUGAACUGCAAAAGACCUGUGAGGAGGUGAAGAAGCUCUUGAAGGAGGCUCAUGAGAAGAUCUGUGACCCCUGUGCUGAGCAGCAGCAGGAGCAAGAAAACCUGGAGGAAAGAAUGAAGGACCUGCUGAAGCAGAAGGAGCUGGCCACCCAGCAAAGGGACUUGACAGAAAAGCUGCAACAACACUUCAAUGUCUCUGAGAUGAGGUCAGAAAAUCUGCAACAUGAGCUGGAACAUGUCACAGCCCAGGAUGAGAGCCUCCUGCAUACAGAGCUGCUGGAGCAGGAGCAGGAAGUAUCACAGGCAAGUGAGCCACCACUGCAUUCCAACCCCUGCAACCAUGGCAUUCAUGGGGACUGGGGGCUCUUGACAUUGGCUUCCAAUGUGAAUAGACCUAAUUUUGUCUAG